AUGCUUUACUUUACGUUUCCGGAGCUCACUGCAGGAAAAUAAGCAAUAAUGUUGCGUUUAUUAGUACUGGUGGCUUCGGUCACUUUUGUCGCCUGUGACUUUGAUCAAGAUUUACACAAUAAGUACCUAUCGAUGGGUGAGGAUGAGUUCGUCGAAUAUUUCAACAGCCGCAACUUCUCCUAUAAAAUCAAGAAUUACGACUUUACACCAUCAUUUGGCGCGAUGAAUUACUCCAUCCCAAAAGGAAUUCCCGUGAUCACUUACAAUGAGAGUUCUGUAGUUGGCUUGCCUGAAAACUUUGAUUCAAGAGAGAAGUGGCCAAAUUGCGUUACCAUCGGUGAAAUCUACGACCAGGGCAACGAUUGUGGUUCCUGUUGGACAUUCGGUACCUCGAACACUGCUUCUGACCGCACUUGCAUCCACAAAGGAGUGACUGUUCGUCUGUCCCAACAGGAUUUCAACUGUAACUCUGAUAAUGUUUGUGGGGGCGGCAGUCCACAAUCAGGCUUCCAAUAUUAUAUCAACGAAGGUCUCGUUACUCAAGAGUGCAAACCUUAUAACGUCGAAUUUCUCAAAAAACGCCAAUGUGAUAGACAAUGUGCUAAUGGCGCAAGUUAUGCUGCAGAUAAACAUAAAGGAUCUUCAUUCUCAGCAGUAGACAGCCAAGAGGAGACUAUUAAAGCGGAAUUGUUCAACAAUGGACCGAUAGAAACGAUGUUUAACGCAUAUGAAGAUCUUAGAAAUUAUACGUCUGGAGUUUACGUGCACAAAUACGGGAAGUUCUUAGCCUUACACAGUGUUAGAGUGAUAGGCUACGGAGUAGAGGACGGAACGCCAUAUUGGUUGGUGGCGAACAGCUGGGGCCAAAGUUGGGGUUUAUUACAAGGAUUUUUUAAGGUCAAAAGGUACGCCAGUGACCUUGAUUUUGAAAAAUCAAUGUUAUCAGUAAUGCCCUAAAAAGUUGUUAUUUUCAGUUAUGUUUUGAUUAUAUCUUCAAACCAUAAAAUAAAUAAAAACAGGCAUUUUAUUGUAUGUUCUUGAAAGAC